AGGCAGAAGAACAAGGAAACAAUCUCUUCCGGUUGCCGUAUUUAGUGAAAAACAUGUUGCAAAUCCUUAAACCUCAUUCGUUAAUGGCAACUCUCCAGUUCUUCGUCCUCCUUCUUCUUUCCAGUUUCGCUCUCAACAAUUUCGUCUCUGCGCAGAAUCCUUCAGGUUUCAUUAGUUUAGACUGCGGAAUUCCGGCGAACUCCACCUACACAGAACCGAACACCGGAAUAAUCUACGAAUCCGAUGCGGCGUUCAUAAAUUCCGGCGAAGUCCACAACAUUUCCGCCGAUGUCAUACAGAAUGGCCUUGGACGGCAGCUGUGGAGCCUGAGGAGCUUUCCGGAAGGAGUUAGGAAUUGCUACAAGUUGAAAGUGAGGGCAGGGACGAAGUAUUUGAUUCGAGCGACUUUUCGGUACGGAAAUUACGAUGGUAGAAGGAAUUUGCCUGGAUUUGAUCUGUAUUUGGGAGCGAACGUUUGGGAUUCCAUAACAUUUACUGAAGAUUUGGUGGUGCGUAAAGAGAUUGUGCAUAUUGUUUCGUCCAGCGAUGUACAAAUUUGUGUUGUGAAUGUUGGAACUGGAAUUCCGUUCAUUUCUGCUCUGGAAUUGAGGCCUCUGAAAGACUCUAUUUACCAGUCCGGAUCUCUGACAUUGGCUACUUUCUUCCGCCUUGAUUUUGGCUCCCUUGAUAACCGAACAAUCAGGUACAAAGACGACGUCUACGAUCGAAUCUGGGAUCCACCGAUUCCAGUCAAAGAAUGGACGACCUUAAACACCUCGCAGCAAGUGAAUGUCAACGACCAGGCCUUCUUCCAGCCUGCUCCGGCGGUCAUGAACACGUCGUUGACGCCGAGAAACGCAAGCGCUCCGAUGUUGUUCACAUGGCAGCCGCCGGAUUCCACGACGCCGUUUUUCCUCUACAUGUAUUUUGCGGAGCUGAAGAAGCUUCAAGCGAAUGAGUCGAGAGAGUUCGACAUAACUGUGAAUGGAGAACGGUGGCUUAAUAAAUCGUUUUCUCCCCAAUUUUUAAGCGUCUCGAUCGUUUUCAGUACCUCACCUAUGACUGGCGGAUCAUACGAGAUUUCCCUCGUCAGGACUGCCAACUCAACCCUCCCUCCGAUCCUCAAUGCUGUUGAGAUUUAUCGAGUCGUCAAUUUCUCGCAACCUGAGACAGCUAGAGAAGAUGUUGUUGCCAUUGAGAAUAUCAAGACAGUGUAUAGAGUUAGAAGAAACUGGCAAGGAGAUCCGUGUGUCCCAAGGGGAUUAAUCUGGCAAGGACUCAACUGUAGCUUGGUGAACUCUGUGCCUCCCAGAAUCACAUCCUUGGAUUUGUCCUCCAGUGGACUAACGGGAGAAAUACCUAGAGAUAUAGCUGAUCUUAAAAUGCUGGAGACUCUAGAUCUAUCAAACAAUAAUUUGAGCGGAUCAGUGCCUGAAUUUAUCACUCAAUUGCCAUCGUUGCGAGUCCUAAACUUGGAGAAAAACAAGCUUUCAGGACUAAUUCCAGCCCAGCUCGUACAAAGGUCCAAUAAUGGCUCUCUGUUAUUAAGAUUUGGCGAAAAUCCUAAUCUGUUUACUACGCCUCCAAGCGAAGAGAAGGGAAGCAAAGUUGUUGUUCCUGUAGUAGCAUCAGUUGUUGGAUUUCUUCUACUUUUGUUCUUAAUUGCAGCGGCUAUCUUUUGGAGGAAAAAAAUAAGAAAAUCAAAAGAAGCUGUAAAUGGAGUGGCGAAACAAACUGUUGAUCAUUCUGAAAAUUGGGACACAUCUAAGAGAUGCUAUUCAUACUCGGAUGUCCUAAGAAUGACAAACAAUUUCGAGCGUACGCUUGGAGAAGGUGGUUUUGGACGAGUUUACUAUGGCAAAAUCGAAAACAUUGAAGUAGCUGUGAAAAUGCUAUCUCCUCGAUCCAUUCAAGGGUAUCAACAAUUUCAAGCAGAGGUUGACCUUCUCAUGAGGGUUCAUCAUAGAAACUUGACUGGUCUGGUUGGAUUUUGCAAUGAACCGACCAACAAAGGACUUAUCUAUGAGUACAUGGGCAGAGGAAACUUGGGAUCUCUCAUCUCAGAUGACAAGUCUGCUCUGUUGAAUUGGGAAGACAGACUUCACAUAGCAGUAGAUGCAGCACAAGGAUUACAAUACUUGCAUUCUGGUAUAAAGCCAGCUAUUGUACAUAGAGAUGUAAAAUCUUCCAACAUCCUGUUGGAUGAUAACUUUCGAGCAAAAGUAUCCGAUUUCGGGUUGUCGAGAGUUUUUCCUGUCGACGAUGGUGCCACUCAUGUGACAACGAAUGUGGUUGGCACUCCUGGUUACCUCGACCCUGAAUAUUACACGUCGUAUAGAUUAAACGAAAAAAGCGACGUUUAUGGCUUCGGAAUUGUUCUUCUAGAAAUCAUAACAGGAAAACCAGUUUUGACAAAGAGUUCAGAGAAGGUAAUUCACAUCUAUCAAUGGGUUGACUCGAUGCUUUCUCAAGGUGAUAUCAGCUCCAUUAUCGAUCCGAAAUUGAAAGAAGAUUUCAACGUAAACGCAGUUUGGAAAGCGGUUGAAAUCGCAAUGUCAUGUGCAUCUCCGGCGUCUACAAAUAGGCCAACGAUGAACCAAGUUGUGAUAGAUUUGAAUGAAUGUUUGAACAUGGAGUUGGCUCACAGUGCCAGUAAUCAGCAGCCUGAAUCAGUAGCUGCUGAUCACGUUUCUCUGUUUGGUCCUGAAGCAAGGUAGAUGGCCAUAGUCUCAUUGUCUAGUGUUCUUAAUUUAGGCAUUCUUUUAUUCAUGACGAUAAAUAAGAGCCCCAUAUUUUAUUUGUAUUUGUUUGUUAGAAAGCUAUUUGAUGU